ACUCUAGUUUCAUCAGGUAAACAUGAGAAUGCCAUCAAACUAGGAGCACUUCACCAACUUUUCAGGAUUGACUUUAUGGUAUACGUACGAGUGUUUUAUCAAGUUGAAGGCAAACCUGUAUGGCCCCAACUAUUGCCAUGUCAGCUUUAUCCGUGGGCUUGAAAACUAAAGACAGCACGCGCUCAUUUGUCGUCGGGAGAAGCGAGAUGCAGACAAGUUUGAGCAUGGCAGAGGAGACGGUAAAGCCCAAAGUUGCCAUCCUUCCUUUCAGCGUCGAAGCGUUGAUGGCCGACAGAAAACCGAGCAGAGACUUGUCAUUAUCAGAUGUGUCGGCUGUUGCGGGAUCGUCUCAUACGCAUGGCGCAAGGAUGAGCUCGCUUUCAAGUUUGGAUAACUCAGUGUCCUCUUUGGCCAUGGGUUCCCCGUUCUCAGUGGGCGAUAUUAUGAACAUUCAAGACGAUGCGUUGGUUAAACCCGAGAGCCCAGAAAGCAAGGACAGGAACUCUUGGAUGCAGAGUCCUCGUUUUUCUCCCACUCCUCCACGGAGGUUAAGUCCCCCCGCCUGUCCACUGAGAAAACACAAGACGAACAGAAAGCCUCGGACUCCUUUUACCACGUCCCAACUAUUAGCUCUGGAGAGAAAGUUCCGCCAGAAGCAGUACCUCUCCAUCGCUGAACGCGCUGAGUUCUCAAGCUCGCUCAACUUGACAGAAACUCAGGUCAAAAUAUGGUUCCAAAACAGGAGAGCUAAAGCCAAGAGACUACAGGAGGCAGAACUGGAAAAACUGAAAAUGGCAGCCAAGCCUAUGCUGCCUCCGGCGUUCGGGAUUUCCUUUCCGCUAGGUGCGCACGUCCCCGCGUCCUAUGGAGGAUCUCACCCUUUUCAGAGGCACUCCCUGCCGGUUUCUCCCGUGGGACUGUACGCUGCUCAUGUCGGAUACAGCAUGUAUCACCUGGCCUGAUGUGCUAGAAGGACUUUAGUGCCAUAUUGACUCUGAAGUGCUUCGAUAUUGCCUACAUCGCCAAAAAGUUCACAGUAGUGAAAACCUGCAAUUUCUCAUAUUACAUAUCAUGACUGGAUCGUCAUUAGGACAACGUUGUAGACGAGAUAUCUGCUACAGUGUAUCGAAGAUUGAUCUACUUUGCAAUGGUUGCAAUAAUUAUUGCCACAUUAGCUGCAAGAGUCACUUCACUUGUGCCAGUCCCAGACGUUUACGCACAAGCUUGGCGUUUUCCACAAACAAACAUAAAACCCACAGGUAGGUUGGGCGCAUCACUUUCGUGGACUAUUGUCACUCCACAAAUAAAGGAUAAGCCAGACGCUAUAUCGUCAAUUUGCAUUCAUGUCAAUGCGUAACAUAAUGGGUUACAUAAUCCAAUGAAAGCUCUUUGCUAAUUUUGGAGGACCACAGCAUUUUUAUUAUAACAGCACUGUCUGUUGUUUGAAUGAUUCCCUUCGGAAGGGAUGUGUACUGUAAGAUAAUGUAUAUUAGAAAAAUAUCCUCAUUUAUAAUAUGAAUAUAUUUGUGACAUAAAUUAACAAUAAAUUGAUUAUUCAUUUAAAAAAAACUGGUUGUUUGUGUU